GUUAGGCCAGAUCCUGGGACUAGACUCGGGGACGAGGACAGUAAAAUAGCAGGUCAAAGGUCAACCAUGUUAGUCAAUGGCUGCUUGCGGCUGUUGAAAACUCCGCUUCAAAUACUUGAAAACACUGGUUUGUGGUCGUCGUCUCUGCAGCAUGUAGGACCAGCGCUAAGCCUCUUUGGGGUACGAUGGGCAUCCAAGAAGGCAAGCGGAGGAAAGAGAAACACUGGGGGAAACAGUCCUGGAAAGAGACUCGGAAUCAAGAAAAUGAAUGGUGAAUAUGUACAGCCAGGGAUGAUUCUUGUGAGGCAGAAGAUGGCAUUUAGGUGGUACCCUGGAAACUUCGUUACAAAAGGAAGAGAUCGCACGCUGUCCGCUCAGGUGGCUGGUACAGUUUACUACACCCAUGAGCGUUGGAAUCCUAAACCAUCAACGGUUUUCGGAAAGUCGAUAGCUCCGACCUUAUCCGACGAGGAAAUGACAAGAACAUUUGUAAAUAUCAGACCAGAGCCUGAACUUGGUUUAUUCAAGUUGAAGGAACAGGUAUAGAAUUUUGUGGAUGGAGUCAUGACCUGUUUUGGAAACGUCGAUUUGUAUUUAUGUCGGCGAUGGUUCUUGGGAGAUGAUGUUGUCAACGAGUAAAAGUUUCUUUAGCAGAGAGUAAUAUUGGUAAUCACUCUUAAAAUUAAUGGUUAUAAAAACUUUCUUGGAAAGAAGCACAGCGGCUUUCGGUAUUAUAAAGCAUUUUGAGAAUCAUUUGAAGUAAUGUGGUUGAAGAAAAACAUCAGUUUUUAUUCCCCGAAAUUUGAGCCUGAAAAAUUUUACUGUCAGAUACAUUUCUCUGAUUGUGUAUUCCAAUGACGGACUUUUCUUUCUGUGUGGACAUAUUAGCUCUGUUUUUUUUAUAUAGAUAUCUCAGACAACAAGGUUCUUAUAGUCAGAACCAAGUUUUGUUGUUCUCUUUCAAGAAGUUAUGAGUAGGCACUUCCUGAUAACUGCAGAACAUUUUCAUGAAAGUUGCAUGGUCUGUGGGUCCUAGGUUCAAAUCCCACCUCGGAUCGGAGCCUUGCAUGUGAAUUGGGUUCUCAGUUCCCAACCCGACUAUGUGGGUUUUCCCCCCAUUUGGGGUUUUCCUCCCACAACUAAAACUGAACAUUUCUUAUUGUUAUCUAUUCGUCCUGUUAUUGGUGCCGAGUUCGCUAUUGGUUGUGUGAUAAAAUAAAUAAAUAAAUAAAAAUAAACAAAUUAUA